UGGGAUUUUUAAAGAAGCAAAGCAGAGGGCGAUCUCUGCCCCCCUUUUGCUGUUGCUGCUGCAGGUGAUGCUGCAAGACAGAUAACGGGAAUUUGAUCGGGGCAAACAGGCAGAGAGCUGGAUUUGGAUUGGGAAUAAAGAAGGGGAGGAGGGGGGAUUUAAAGCAAAAGAAGCGGAGGGAGAUUCGGACUACAGUGUAAGAGAGAGGGAAGAGAGCCAGCACAGAGCAAGGGAAGAGGUAGCGAAUGGAAGAAGAGAAGAGGAGAGACAUUGACUGGAGUCAUACGCAUGGUCAAGAAGAAACGGGUAUUUCAUGCGCUCGGCGUGCAGCCGUCUGAGUGGAUUGUUAAAAUUACCCACUGCUCUACAGUUAGAGGAGAGGCAAAGAUACACAGGCAGGCUGGAAGCAGAGAGCUGAAUGCAGAGGAUGAACAGGAGAUGUGGGCUCUGUGGCUGUGAUCGCCGUGCUCAAACCUCAUAGCCACUCUCGCUGGUUGUUGCAGGCCGUCAGCCUCGCAGGAAAGGCAUCAGCAGUCAGUACAGAAUGAGCUCCAAGUACUCCUCUGACUGGAUUCCCUACAGCACUUUAGACGAUGAGGGGACAAACCUCCGGCAGCAGAAACUGGACAGACAGCGAGCCCUCCUUGAACAGAAGCAGAAGAAGAAAAGGCAGGAGCCUCAGAUGGUCCAAUCCAAUAUAGAUGGGAGGUCCCGUGCUCGUUGGACCAAACAGAGCGAAGAGCAGGCACCGCUGGUCGAAUCAUGCCUCAGCAGCAAUAGCAGCACCAUCUAUCAUGUGCAAGAUGCUGAACGGGAUGAGGGGAAGGUGAUUUCGGACGCUCAGUUGCCUCGCUCAGCCAAAAAGAGCAAAGCAUCAGCCAACUCCACCCCGCAAACAGGCAGCGAAAAGAAGGAGAGGAAGGGGAAACACAAAGCAGCGAUCAACAGCCCGGCAGCCCACCAGGAUGACAACCAGAUCCAGAUCCUAACGGUGGGCCAUUCUGCUGCAGAGGAGGGCGAGGCCGAGCCGGUUAUGAGCUGCACUCAGUCACAGAGUAAGCAGGACCUCCGUGUCACCAUGCUCAAGAAAGGUAUAUCUAGCAGUAUGAAUUUUGAUGAAGAAGAGGAUGAUGAUGAUGAAAUUAGCUCAAGUUCUUCACAGCUCAACAACAACACCAGACCAGGCUCUGCCACCAGCAAGAAGUCAUGCAAGGAGGUGGCCUCAGCACCCACUCCGCCAGCCACCGAACCUGCCAUUGAUGUUGACGACCUGGAGGAGUUUUCUCUGCGACCUGCACCGCAGGGGGUCAGAGUGAAGUGCAGAAUCACCAGGGACAAGAAAGGCAUGGACAGAGGAAUGUAUCCUACCUACUAUCUUCACCUGGAGAGGGAGGAUGGCAAGAAGGUAUUCCUGUUGGCUGGAAGGAAAAGGAAAAAGAGUAAAACUUCAAAUUACCUCAUCUCCAUUGAUCCCACAGAUCUGUCUCGUGGUGGGGAGAGCUUCAUAGGAAAACUGAGGUCAAACCUCAUGGGAACCAAGUUUACUGUUUAUGACAACGGUCUGAACCCCAUGAAGAGCACCACCAGCCUAGAAGCCAGCAAUCUUCGCCAAGAGCUAGCUGCCAUUUGCUAUGAAACCAAUGUUUUAGGAUUCAAAGGACCUCGCAAAAUGAGCGUCAUUAUUCCUGGAAUGAACAUGGACCACGAGAGAGUGUCCAUUCGGCCGCGUAAUGAGCAUGAGUCACUGUUGGCCCGGUGGCAGAACAAGAACACAGAGAGUGUGAUUGAACUUCACAACAAGACACCUGUGUGGAAUGAUGACACGCAGUCCUACGUUCUAAACUUCCAUGGCAGAGUCACGCAGGCAUCUGUUAAAAACUUUCAAAUCAUUCACGACAAUGACCCUGACUACAUUGUGAUGCAGUUCGGCCGUGUGGCAGAGGAUGUCUUCACCAUGGACUAUAACUACCCAAUGUGUGCGCUGCAAGCCUUUGCCAUUGCCCUCUCCAGCUUUGAUAGUAAACUUGCCUGUGAAUAGACUCACGUCUGAGGUUCAGAGAAAAGCUGGUUCAUCUGUUCUUAAGGGCUGCUUGUGUAUCCCUUGGGUUGGUUUGAGAUCUUUAAAUCACCCAGUACCUUGGAACUCCUGCAUACUGCGAAAUAGAUUGUGGGCUUCAAGUUGUAGGUGUCUAUGUGUGCCUGAGGUUGAAAAAGGGGCAAAUGGUCAUCAUCUUUGGAAGAAAACAAGCACAAAAAGAAACCAGUUGCAAAAUCAAAGAAAUUGGUCUCGACGCAUAUUGUAAUUUUGUAUACUGCUAUUGCAAAAUAAAAAUCUACACUGUUUCUUUAUGUAGUAGUUAUAUCUUUAAUAUUUCUUUACUUGUAAACUUUAACUAACCGGCACACACAAGUAUGUUUGAGCAGCUCCGUGGAUUUAUUUUCUGUAGUCUACAGCACAGUCUCACCCAUCAUCUUGCAUUAAUUCUUCUCAGUAAAUCAAAAAUAACACGCUCAUCACCAUAUUUUGUUAUUUCCAUAUUUCAUGCAUGGUAAUUUUGUUUGCUACAAUAAUUUGUAACAACUUCAUAUGUAUUGGCUGUUUGGUGCUGCAAACGUUUAUCAUCGCAAGAAAAUCACUUGCUUCCAAAAAAAUCAAUUAGAGACUCAGACUCAAAAGGCAAAGGCAUGUUACACAGUGCUGUCUACUACAUAUUGCGUCACACUGUUCAAUGUGAAUGUACAGGAUGAUGGUGCACUUUACUUUGAAUUAUGUAAUGGGAAGAUUUAAAGCUGGACAUACUUUAUUGUGCCUUUGAAGAUGAAUUCCAAUGUUAAAGUUUGGCAACAAAACAACUUGAACUUGAAUUAAUUUUUGUGUUUCUUGCUGUCCUCACGUUCCCUGAAGAUAUUUCUCUAAAUUUCAUUUGCCUAAGGCAUACAUUCAGAUUUUUUUUAAACACAAUGAGUUGCAGAAAAUUCAAGAGUUUGUAUCGAAAGUGCUUAUUGCUGGAAAAUGUUUCAGUAAUGGUCCAUCUAUAGUUAAAUUAUGAUGUGCCCUACAACUUCACUCUGCUUAUGACCUUCAGAGUUUAUUAACAACACAUGAACAACAAUCGACUUCUUGCCAACAAAGAGUGUGAAUUCACCUUUUGUUUCCACACAUAUUGUUUUUUUCUUUUAUAAACUUUAUGCCCCAUAUAGGAGUUUAAUACAUUCCUCAUCUAACUGGCUGUAAAUCAGUAUAUUUGCACAUAUCACGUUUUUAUUCACAAUAUUGGUCUGCGCUUGGGUCAGGAUCUUCUUUUGUUAAAUGUAAAGUAGUAGAUAUUCUAUUUUACAACCAUUUAAAAAAAUGCUGAAUGACAGCAAAGAACAAUCUCUGAUACCGCUAUUGUUAUGUGGGUUAUGAGAAGAUCUUUAACAAAUGUGCUAUUCUUGUACUCAGUUGUGUUCUAUUUGAAAUUUCUAUUUCCAAAUGGUUGAUACUCUUGCUGUAAAGUCUAUGCUAUUCUCACAUGUGUCCAGGACCCGAAGGUUCUGUCAUUUUCUGGUUUCAGUGCUCUCGUCAUUAUGUACAGUCAAUGGUGUACAAUUUUACUCUGGUGGUAUAAACAAAGUCCUUUGAUCAUGAAGAAAAUAAACGUAUGGUAUGUCAAAUGAAA